GAAAAACCCUUCUCAACAGGCGGCAAAAUAGCGCCGUCAACUAGAAAGGCAACUGCGCGGCGGCUGAACUCCGGCGAGUAACCUCGUCUCGCCAUCUAUUUUAUUCUCAUUGCAAUUGACUGCUGCUAUUACUAUUUGUCUAAUAUUCUCGUACAAAAAUUCCGAGCCAUGGAUUUGGAAAUUAAUUACGAAAUUGCACGGGUAGCGGAAUUCAUCCUCAGCCAUAGCUUCACCAGAGUAGCACUACAGUUCCCAGAUGAGCUACUGAAAGAUUCUAUGAGGGUGGUGAAAGCUCUGCGCAAAGAGAUAAAUUCUUCUGCUGUGAAGCUGUAUGUAAUGGCUGACACAACUUAUGGAAGCUGCUGUGUCGAUGAAGUCGGGGCGGCUCACGUAAAUGCCGAGUGUGUCGUUCAUUACGGCCAUACUUGCCUCAGCCCGACAUCGAAGCUACCUGCACUGUUCAUAUUCGAAAAGGCUUCAAUUAGCACAUCGAAUUGUGCAUUGAAAUUGCUCGAUUACGGGAUGACAAGCGACAAGCCAAUUUUGGUUCUUUUUGGACUGGAAUAUGCACAUGCAAUACCAGAAAUAAAGAAAAAUUUAGCAUAUAGCGUUUCAACCAUAGUGGGGUCCGCAUCCAUGUCGAGCCUCCUUUUUGCCGAUGUAAUCUGUUCAUUUAUAAGCCCAUCCGAAACAUGUCAACCAGCAAGUCAAGUGGGACCCGUCGAUAGCCAAAAUUACAGCAUUGGAGGUUUGACUUGGAGAUUACCCGAGGGGCGGAAAAUGGAGGAUUAUUCGCUUUUCUGGAUUGGAUCGGACAAUCCAGCGUUUUCGAAUGUUGUACUGACGUUUAACAGCUGUGAAAUAGUCAGAUAUGAUGCAGCAGAAGAUUGUUUGAUGACCGACGUAUCUCAGCAGAAGAAAAUCCUUAGGCGUAGAUACUAUCUAGUUGAGAAAGCGAAGGAUGCAAACAUGAUCGGAAUCUUGGUUGGAACACUUGGUGCAGCUGGUUAUCUUCACAUGAUUCAUCAGAUGAGGGACCUGAUAACAAAAGCUGGGAAAAAGUCGUAUACUUUUGUUAUGGGAAGACCAAAUCCUGCAAAGCUUGCCAAUUUUCCCGAGUGCGAUGUUUUUAUUAAUGUCUCGUGCCCGCAAACAGCUCUAUUUGAUAGUAAGGAGUUUUUAGCUCCUAUAAUUACUCCAUUUGAAGCUAUGCUUGCUUUAGAGAGGGGAAGUCAAUGGACAGGAGCAUAUGUAAUGGAAUUUCGAGAUUUAAUUGCUUCAACGCCUUCCAUACCAAGUGAGCAAUCUGAAGAAGCAAGGUUUUCUUUCAUCCAAGGUGGUUACGUUGAAGAUUUGGAUAUGCAAGAUACGGAGGAGGUAGAGAAGGAUGAAAUACUUGCACUAGUGAAUACUACAGAGAAGGCUCUUCAAGUGCGUGAUGACAACACUCAACACCUCACAAAAAGUGACGCAAAAUCCGGAGCUGAAUUUUUUGCGAGCCGAUCAUAUCAUGGUCUCGAUAUUAACAGCACCGAUUCAGCUCCGGGGAAUUUUUUGACUGGUAGAAGUGGGAAAGCAUCAGGGUACACACACGAGAAAACCGAGAAGUCACAUCUCUAACUUAUUAUAUAAUCGCAUAUUUAUGAAGUGAAAAGUUUAGAGCAUAGGUAGCUCACUUUGUUUAAGAUCUAUAUUUCCUAAUAAGCAGAAUACAUGCAGUUGUUAAGAAAAUAUAAGAGGCCAUUUUUGUAUCUGCACUCUAUUAUUUAAAUUAAAAAAAAACAUUAAGUCUUGUUUGUUAUGUCUUUCUCUCACUUUUUAUCAUAAGUUGUAAUUCUCUUUGUAGUUGCAUAAAUUGAAAUAAACCAUUCUUGAGGUGU